UUAGCGAACGGGAUUUAAUUGGCUACCGAAACGGGAUUGUAGACGUUGCUCCUAGCAACGGAUAAAAAAAACGAAAAGGACGCCAAGCCAAUGGAAACAGCAUUUCGCAGGGAGAGGUCAGGAACCAGUGCAGACAACCUUUCAACCAGCACAGCACCCAUCGCGCCCCGUUGGUUCAACUAAAAACUACCCAAGUAUAAUGUUUUUGGAACCAUGAUCUGCUUUGACACGUAGAAUAUCCAUUAAAUCGACAAGAAAAGAUACCCCCCAAUUCGCCAAUUCGACGCGCCAUAACCAUAACCAGCCUGUUUUGUUUUCAAUUCCAUAUUAUUAUUUUUUUUCCUUUUUUUUUCCUUUUUUUAUUAUUUUUUUUUAAUACCGUCCACUUUACAACCCAACCCAACCCACCUUACAAUCUAAUGGCCUCCGCAUCGCCGACGCCCGGAGCGUCCAGUCAACAUCCGGGUGCUUUAACGAGAAAGUCGUCGCUAAGAUCCGGUUUGAGGAGGGCUCCCUCUAGGUCCCAGAUCGGUCGUGCCGAAUCCAACAUUCCCGCUCCAGUUCCUAUCUCCAAGUCGCAAUACGCGAAUAAUGAUAGCUCAGAUGACGAGAUCCCUGUACCUAUGAAGCUCAGUGCUCUUACCAAAGCUCUCCUCAACGAUGAAGGUGCUGAACAGGAACGUGAUAAUGGACGCGUUCGAACCCGAGCUCAAACCCACCGUCCCUCGUCGCCUGUCCACUCGGAGCAAGAAAAGCCUGUUAAGAGGCGCAGCGUCCUCGGUGCGUCGGUGGCCUCAAUCGGCGAAGAGAGGAGGCAUACCCGUGCCAGCAGCUCCCAAUUAUCAUCAAGGCCUACCUCGCCGGCCAGAAGCCAAGCUAGUAGAGAGAGCAGUCCGGUGAGGAAGCGCGUUGUCCGUCUAAGUGCCUCAUCAGUAACUACCGCCGCUGCAUCUCAACCGAAGCCUGCGAAAAGGAGGUCAACGUCGACUUCCUUCUCCGCUUCGCGAAACGGGAACCGUCCUCCAAGCCGGGCUGAUAGCGUCGCCGAAGAGAAGGCUAACGGGUCCAUAAUCAAGGACAAGGAUUUGAAUACGCCGGCCCAACAGGGUCGUGUGGUCAGAAUUACCGUCGGAUCGUCGGGCAAUAGGGGUCGCUCGUCAGCUUCGUCGGUGAUGUCUUCUAGACCGGCUGACCAAGUCUCAUCAUUCUAUUCUCGCAUUGCACCAUCUGACGAAAAUGACCUUCCCGAUGCUCCCCAGACUGUUCCCCGACAGCAGGGGUCGUCUAAUCCGGGCAGCGCCUCUAGGUUAGGCUCUAACGGAUCUAGGAAUCGCAGCGACGAGAAUCAAGCAGUGCAGAGCUCAAUGCGUAUUAAACGAGUAGGAAAGGUUCCCGGUAGCUUUCUUAGUGGCCCGGCGCGCCGAGGACGAAGGAGACAGAGUGAAGAGGACGCCGAAAACGAAAGAGAACCUUACCGAUCUAACCUCGAGUCCGACGCGCCCCACGCUCGGGAUCCCGAGGACUACGAUCCGUUAGAUAACCUCGCGUCCUCGUAUUACGUGCCCGAUCGCCUCGCUUCGGGGAGCCCUGUUAGUUCUAGGGGGUCUGCGAGAGCAGCCCAAAGAAGAGAAUUAGCUACUGCGGCAGAAAACGUACAAGCCUCACGAUCGCGGCAGGAUUCGCCCGAGCACGACGAAAUUCCGAUCCCACAUUAUCGAGUCCCACCCCCUCGAGCGGAAAUGCCGGAGAGGCAAGAUCAGGAGAACGAAGCUCCGCCGACCUUCAAGAGGAGCAAACCUCCUGUAGGGAGCUUUCUAGAGAAGGAUGUACCUAAGACUUCAGCCCGUCCUUUGAGUGCUGCCGAGGUGGGUUCCGCACGACUUAUCUCACCGGAGCGCAAGGCAUUAAGCUCGCUGAGCCAGAACACGCCUCGUAGGGCAGCGCCGGCGCCUCCACCGAAAAUGUCGAUCCUAGAUGCUGCUACCUCCGCAGCCGGUGCGGCGACCACGGUCCAAGCGAAGCGACGAAAUUACAUGAAGGUGAACGGGAAAUGCUAUACGAGGCUCGAUUCGCUCGGCCGUGGAGGUAGCGGAAAGGUUUACCGUGUGGCGGCCGAUAACGGGAAGAUGUUUGCGUUGAAACGAGUUUCGAUCGAAGGUGCGGACGAGAAUACAGUCCGAGGCUAUAAAGGCGAAAUAGACCUUCUGAGGAAGCUGAAUAACGUCGAUCGUGUUAUUACUCUAUAUGAUUACGAGAUGAACGAAGAGAAGCAGGUCCUCAGCCUGCUUAUGGAAAUGGGCGAGCUGGAUCUUAACACGCUCCUACGCCUCCGGCUGUCGCCCGAGAAUGCUAAAUUCGAUCCGGUUUUUGUGCGCUACUAUUGGCAGGAGAUGCUCGAAUGUUUAGCGGCGGUCCACGCUCAUGACAUCGUGCACUCGGAUUUAAAGCCCGCCAAUUUCGUUGUAGUUCAAGGUCGAUUGAAGCUGAUCGACUUCGGAAUUGCCAACGCUAUUCAGACCGACGAGACCGUUAACGUGCAUCGCGAAACUCAGAUUGGCACACCCAACUACAUGAGCCCGGAGAGUCUUCUCGACUCAAACACCACCGACUCCUCCGGUCACCGGAUUACGUCCCUUGGCAGUACGCCCCGUCCCAAGCUUAUGAAGCUCGGAAAGCCUAGCGAUAUCUGGAGUUUGGGCUGUAUAUUGUUUCAGAUGGUGUACGGCACGCCGCCAUUCGGCCACAUUCCUAACCAAAUGGCACGAUGCCACGCCAUUAUUAACUGGCAGUACGACAUCGAGUUCCGCGACAAGGGCGUCGGCGGAGCACCUGUCCCCCCCAGCCUCCUCCGAACCAUGAAGCGCUGCCUCAGCCGCGACCAGCACCUCCGUCCCACGUGCGAGGAAUUGCUGUCCAGAUCCGACCCGUUCCUGUACCCCGUCGAAGCGCCGGCGGGCACGCUACCCAUUACCGAGGAGCUGCUCGGACGAAUCAUCCAGAGCGUCGUCACCCGCUGCCGCGAGAGGAUGCCCACCGAGGCGGAGGCGCUAAGCGUCUGGCCUCAGGCCUACUGGGGUAGCGUCGCCAAAGCCGUGGGUAGAGAGGCGGCUGCGAGAAGCUCCCCGGAUGGGACGAGGUGACGAGGUAACGGACAGGAUGACGGUUUUGAUAAAACAUGACUUAAUGACUGGAGGGAACUGGAAAAGGGAAAAUUCACGCUUGGAUAAGGUGAUAGUAGGCCUAUCGCCCUAUUUGCGUAACGAAUGGGUUGGUGUGGAUGGAUAAUUAGUGUUUUUGGUUCUGGGGGAGAAGGGGAACUCCAAACGCUUUGUUUAAAUCACCUCCCCUUUUUUCUUUCUUUUGCUUUCUUAUCUUCCUACCAUUCGAGUACUCAGAGGGAGAGGGGAGGGGAGGGGAGGGGAGGGCAAAGGUUAUAGACCCUACGGAGAGAGAAGAUAUACCUUGACGUUUUUUUGUUUCCUGCUUCACGCUUACGUUCUUCUUAUUCUUCUUGUUCUUCUUCAUUAGCCACGGAGUUCAGGAUAGGAUUGGAGGGGCAUGAGAUGAUUGAUGCCUUUGUUUUUUUUUUAAUGAUGAAACAAACCUCUCCAUCACCUUUUUUUAUAUUCUUGCGUUUUGUGAUAUGAGUGAUGUGAGUCUUAGAUGCUUCAUUGGGAGGUGCUACUUAUUGUGAACGGACAGGAAUUGCCC